UAAAAAUAACAGGUGCACAUUAGGGGGGGGGUGUAUGACACGUUGCUGCAUCACAGAUGGGGAUUGGUGGAUGGGCGACAGGUCAGGGGGUUAUAAGAGCCGUCCGGGGUCCAGACCGGCCUCACUCCCAACAUGAAGGUCCUCCUGCUCUUUGGAUUGGUGGCUGUUGCCCUGUGUGACAACACUCGCUUCGAGGGUGAGAAGGUCUUCCGACUGAAGCCCGUGCUUGACGAGCAUGUGACGCUCAUUAAGGAGCUGGCUGAGAGCAUCGAGGUCGACUUCUGGAGGCCCGAGAACGCUCAGCUGGUGACGAUCGACAUCGAUGUGGACAUCCGCGUGCCUGCCAUCUACCUGGAUAUGGUUUACACCCUCCUGCAGCAGAGUGACAUGGAGCAAGAGGUCCUUAUUGAGGAUCUGCAGUCUGCUGUUGAUGCUGAGGCUGAUCAGGGGCCCUCUCCCAGAGCCCACAGCUACACCAAGUACAACAACUUCGACAAAGUCCAGUCCUGGAUCGCCUCUAUCUCCUCCUCCAACCCCGACCUCAUCAGCAAGCAGGUGAUCGGAAACACCUACGAGGGACGUCCCAUGACUGUUCUCAAGCUCGGGAAGAAGUCCAGCUCCACCAAGCCCGCUAUCUUCAUGGACUGUGGCAUUCACGCUAGAGAGUGGAUCUCUCCUGCCUUCUGCCAGUGGUUUGUCAAGGAGGCUCUGUCCACCUAUGGCAGUGAUUCUCAGAUGACCAGCCUGCUCAACCAGAUGGACGUCUUUGUCCUGCCUGUCUUGAAUGUUGAUGGCUAUGACUACACCCACAAGAGCAACAGGAUGUGGAGGAAAACUCGUUCCAGGAAAUCUGGAUCCAGCUGCAUUGGAGCCGAUCCCAACAGGAACUUCGACGCUGGCUGGUGCUCAAUGGGAGCCUCAAACAACCCCUGCAGCGACACCUUCUGCGGUUACACCCCUGAGUCCGAGAUCGAGGUCCAGAACGUUGCCAACUUCAUCCGCAGGAACAGGUCCAUCAUCAAGGCCUACCUCACCGUCCACUCCUCUACUCCCUUAAUAUUAUUUCAUUUCUGCUUCUUGUUAUUUAUGGAGGUUGCUGAGGGAGCCUCUGCUGCCCUGCGCAGUCUGUACGGCACCCGCUACACCAGUGGACCUGGUGCCACGACCAUCUACCCUGCUGCUGGAGGCUCCGACGACUGGGCUUAUGACCUGGGAGUGAAGUAUUCCUACACCUUCGAGUUGCGUGACACUGGUCGUUAUGGCUUCCUGCUGCCCGAGUCUCAGAUCAAGCCCACAUGUGAGGAGACCAUGCUGGCCGUCAAGUACAUCGCCGCCUACGUGCAGAAGAACCUCUAUUAGGGAGCCGAACUGCCAGGACCCCUGCCAACUCAGCUCCUCUGUACCAGCCCCCAGCACCAUCCAAGCUCUCAGCCAAUCUCCAGCCCGUAUCCAUGGAUACGGCCACCACCCGCCAUGUUUCCUCGCUGUGCUUGACAGAAUGUCAAGAUGAGUGCAAACAAUAAAAUCAAUGAUCCAUCCCCA